CUACAUGAAAAUGCUGACAGAUUUGAAACUGUUUGAACCGAAAACCAAUUUAUUGAAAACAAUUGUCCGCUUUUAUAUUUCUUAUUUGAAGUAUUCAAAGAGAAUUUCGAAAUUACGCAAAUCAAAUAUCUUUACACACAUCUAAAGUCCAUUAUGCUAAGGGGACUCACUUGCACGUAUAUCGCACAUAUAUUCAGUUAUUCAUAAAACAUGUUUAUAUUUGCCAUCAUUCGCAAGCACCACUUAAUAAUAUACUGACAACAAACAAAAUCACGGUGAUCUCCAAUCAGAAAUUUCGUUGUUACCAGCAUGUGAAUAUAAGUGGAUGCACAUUAAGACAGAAAGACAUCGACCACGUUUUCGCGUCUCCUUCUGACAUUCAUUCCAAUGAACCUGAUCAUAUUUCUCAUCUGUCUGUGUCAUGUGAAUUCUGAGAUUAUCAAGAUUCCAUUGCAUCCGGUGACUGGAAUCAGCUCACUGCUAAAUCCAUAUCGGAAACUGUUCAGGGUAUUACAACAAAGUUGGGUGAAUUUAUUGAAUGGCGGAGAUACACCAACAUCAGAACCGCUGUAUAAUUAUGGUAGUAUUCAGUACUAUGGGGAAGUGCUUGUGGGAACACCACCACAAGAGUUUCGUGUACUCUUCGAUACAGGAUCAACCGACACCUGGCUACCGUCAAGAAAAUGUUGGUUUCUUGACAUUCCAUGUUGGUUCAUUCGAUUCUACGACAGUUCGAAAUCAUCCACCUACAAGCCAAAUGGUACGAAGUUUGAUAUAAAUUACCUGAUUGGCAGUUACUCUGGAUAUUGGAGCAUGGAUACAAUGCAGAUAAACUCCUUAGUUAUUCGCAAUCAGGCGUUCGCUGAAGUGACAAAUGUGUUUUCCGAGGAUUUCUUUGGUAGUAAGUACGAUGGAGUCAUUGGUAUGUCAAGGAGAAAUGUGUCAAGAUAUGGGAACACUCCAUUCUUCCCGAAUAUACUCUCUCAGUCAAGGGAUAUCGAUCCAGUAUUUUCGUUCUAUUUGAAUUGGAAGAAUGGUCAUGUCGGUGGAGAGAUGGUGAUUGGUGGUGUCAAUCCUGAAUAUUUUAUUGGAGAUUUCGAAAGCUUGUCUGUCGUUUCUGGUAGCCAUUGGUCUGUUAUAAUCAAAAGCAUGAAGAUAGGUGGAGCAGAAUUUUGCCUUAGAAAAUGCACUGGUGUUAUAGAUACUGGAACGUCUUUGAUAAUGGGACAUAGCAGAGUGGUGGAUGCGAUUAAUAAUCAUCUUGGUGCCAGAUGGGUUGGCGGUGGUGAAUACUCACUCGACUGUAAUAACAUUCAUCUGCUCCCUACAGUUGAGUUUAUUUUCAGGAGGAGGACCUAUGUAAUUAGCCCGAAGGAUUACGUGCUUAAGGAGGACAACUGGCUGUAUACAUACUGUACAUCACCUUUCGCCAGCAAUGAUCAAUUAUCCCCUGGAUACUGGGUUCUCGGCGAUGUAUUCAUGAGCAAGUUUUACACUGUAUUCGAUUUCGGUGAGUCACAGAUAAGAUUGGCUGAUGUUAACGAAGACUAAACCUCGUUAUCCUGGACCCAGUGAAUCACUGAAAAUAAACAAAUUUCACAAAGUAAUCUGCUGCCUUCUUAUUUGAACAAGGGAUUUUCAUGUCAAGGUGUUCCACAAACUCGACAAAUGUAGUGAGCACACUUCUGAGUUUAGAGCACCCUACAUGGGUUUGGAAUGACUAAGCAGAAACGAGUGAGAAAUAACACUCAGGCAUCUUCAUUAUUCAUUUGAGCACAAACAAAUCCAG